CCUAUGCCGCCGCCGCCCAUGCCGCCGCCGUCCAACGGGGGCAAGGUCACCCCGAACCUGGCCAUGGACGCCGAGGGCACGCGCCUGCUCAACCUCACCGUCCUGCAGCGCCUCGACCCCGCCGUCGAGGACAUCCUCAUCACCGCCGCCCACGUCACCCUCUACGACUUCAACAUCGACCUCAACCAAUGGAGCCGCAAGGACGUGGAGGGGUCGCUGUUCGUCGUCAAGAGGAACACCCAGCCGAGGUUCCAGUUUAUCGUCAUGAACAGGCGGAACACGGAUAAUCUCGUGGAGGAUUUAUUAAGUGAUUUUGAAUACGAACUUCAGCCUCCAUAUUUGUUGUACCGUAAUGCUGCACAAGAAGUAAAUGGUAUUUGGUUUUACAAUCAACAGGACUGCGAUGCUGUAGCAAAUCUUUUUGGAAGGAUACUGAAUGCUUAUGCCAGAGUGCCUCCAAAAGCAAAAGUCCCUUCCGCCAUAAGCGAGUUCGAGGAAUUGGAGGCUGUUCCUACAUCUGCUGCAAUAGAUGGACCCCUUGAACCUCCGCCAGCAUCUACGCUUAUCUCUGAUACUCCUGAUGAAUCACUUGCCAAUUACUUUAGUGGCGCUGCAAGUAUCGGGGGUUUAUCAAGUGCGCCAAUGGUCGGAAGAGCUCAUCCAUCCACGGAGAGCACUGCAUCUUCCCACAUGACUAUUCAUUCUGCUGCUCCGGUGCAUCAAAUACCCCCUCCUUUAGGGGGUUCAUCAGCUCCACCACUGCCCCUCCAGGACACCCAUGCUGGCCAUUCCACAAAUCUCUUAACACCGGCAUUCUUUGCACCUCCCUCGUCGUCUUCUGCAUCAUUAGCGCCGCCAGCUUCCUCAAUGAUGCCGACUGCACCGCCUCUUCAUCCAACUUCAGUAUCUGCUCAAUACCCUCAGUAUGGGCAUGGCACCCCGCUACUCCAACCUUUUCCACCACCUGCACCGCCUCCUUCCUUUGCCCCUGCACACAAUGAAGGUCCCAUGAUUUCGCGGGAUAAAGUUAAGGACGCCCUUCUGAGACUUGUUCAGAGUGAUGAAUUCAUUGAUUUAGUUUAUCGGGAGUUGCAGAAUGCACAUAUGUAGACUUGCUUCCUAGGCUGCCUUGUCGCACGAUUGCUUCUGUUCUUUGUGAGUUUUGUAUUCUGGUCCUGGGAACUUCUGUAUAGCUUCGUGGUGAUGUGUUAUUGUAGAUUCUUUAUACUAGCAAUGGAUAGCAUUUAUGGUUUUGUUUCUGAACAACUAUUGGCAGUGUCAAUACGUUUGUGUAAUUGAGAAAAAUACAGAGUUUGUAAGGAUGUGUGUCUUGCUGCUUGGCAAUGACCUCAAAAUCAGUAUGAGGGUUUCAUGG